AUGAAAUGUGUAGCAUUUGACAGAGAUGCCAUCGAUAUCCAUUUUCAGAAGAUGGCUAAAAUGUUCUUUGCGUUAGACGGAGAAGCUAGUCUCAAGCAAGCCUUUGUUUCAUCACUUCCGAAGAUGUUAGCAAGCCAGACCAUGACGAUCGUUGAGGAGAAGUUUCAAUCAAUAACGAUCCCACCAAUCGGCUACAUCAGGCAAGCCAUAUUUCUAGCGUUGGAUGAUAUCUGCACAAAGAGAUCUGUUUUGAAGCAGAUCAUACGAAACAAUCCAGCCCUUGAUAAAGCUUGCGAAAAGUCUGACCUAAUUACUUGGUCAAGCUAUUCGUGCCAUGUCCCCAGACGAAAAGGAAGGUUCAAGCGAUUCAAAUGGCCAAGGCCUUCACGAGAAGGAUCCCAGUUCAGGAGGCGCAUGAAAUAUUUCAGGAGGAAGAGCCCAGAGGACUACACUGGUAUCCAUCUAGAUGAAGAUGGCGAUCUUGAAUCUGUACUCUCAUUAGAGGAAGAACCCACAGAGAAGACCCUCUUUUCCAUAGAUGUGUACGAAGAAUAUGGCGAUGAAUAUUACGAGAUUUCAGAACCAGAGGGAAAGGCUCAAGAAGAUAUCAACGGCAUCAUGAUUAAGGAGAUAGAAAAGCAGUUGGUGGAGCAUUCAUGUGCGGAUUCUCACAAGGAGUUUAUGGGAAAAUGCAAAAAGCCUCUAUGGCUAAAUGAGGAGUUUUUCAUUAAACUCCCCUUCAAGAAGAAUGAAACCAUUAAUCCAACGAAGGCAAGUCACUCUGGCAUGAAUCCGGAUCAUCUUCAGCUUGCGAAAAGAGAAUGCGAAGAGCUCUUGGAGUUUGGACUUAUCGAGCCCUCUAAUUCACAAUGGGCAUGCGAGGCGUUCUAUGUCAAUAAGCGGGCAGAACAAACAAGAGCAAAAGUGUUCAUGUUACAUCGACCGAUAAAAAUUAUUGAUGGGAAGGUCUAUUCUCAAACAGAUAUUUCACUAUGGUGGGAAUUCCCCGUCUCUGUCUUGUCCUUAGAAGAUGAAUACAACGAAUGA